UCUGGCGAGAUAAGUGUGUAAAUUGUGAUUCCAGAUAUUUGGGAUCUGAUUGUGACGGAGUAUGGGGGGUGGGGGACUGUUCGGGUUAUUUAUUGAAUGGAGAGAGAGUCAAUGUGAGGUGGCAACAGCUGUAUCUCUCAUCUCUGCAGCGGCAUGCAGGUGUUCAUGGCUUCUUCUCCGGCAACUGCUGAAGGCUGUGACCUAGCUUGGGAUGGACAACAAAAUGGAAAGAAGUCUGAAGCGCACACAAACAACUGGUUAAGAAAGCUGACCUAGCAGUGGCUGCAUAUGAUAACGGACCUACAGCUGGGCAACUGGAGAUAACUGAGCAAGAUACAGCACAGAAUGGGCCCUACUGGCCAUUCAAGCCGUGCCGCCCACUGAUAUAACCCAAGCCUAAUCACAAGACAAUUUACAGAAACCAAUAAACCUACUAACUGAUACGUCUUUGAACUGUGGGAGGAAACCGGAGCACCCGGUGGAAACCCACGAGCACACGGGAAGGAACGUACAAACUUGCUUAUGGAGGACGCCAGGAUUGAACUCUGAACUCCGCCAUGAGCUAUAAUAGUGUCAUGCUAACUGCUAUGUUAUUGUGGCGUGGUUUUUGUUUCGCCCACCCCUUGACUUGUCAUAUUUUCUGUGCUGGAGUAUACCCCAUCAAUAUUUUACUAUGAAAUCAUGUGCAAUGCAAAUACACGGCAACGCCCAGAACAGCUAGAACGCACCAUCUGGUACCUCUUUGAACUCUGAUUGCAAGUGAUUCUGCGUUUGUCUCUGCCUGAUCUCCCGCUCUCCUCUCAUCCCAGCCUACAGCUGAGUUUUGAUCAGUGAACCAUUGAGGUAAUGUACAUGAAAUACUACUGAUUUGCCGGAUCUGAGCUAUCAUGUCAAUGGAAACUGUUUUUAAAGCUGUCACCGAUGCUCCUGGGGUCCUGAUCUGGAGAAUUGAGCAAAUGGAGUUGGUGCCUGUCCCUCAGAAGUUUCACGGGAACUUUUUUGAUGGUGAUUGUUACGUCCUCCUGGCGACCCAGAGUGUUGGCAGUGCUUUAAGUCGUGAUAUCCAUUACUGGAUUGGGUUACACUCAUCGCAGGAUGAGCAGGGCCUGGCUGCGAUCUACACCAUACAUCUGGAUGACCACCUCAAUGGAAGUCCAGUGCAGCAUCGAGAAGUUCAGGGGCAUGAGUCAGAAACCUUCAAGGGUUACUUCAAAAAUGGGAUCAUUUACAAGAAGGGAGGAGUGAACUCCGGUAUGAAGCACGUAGAAACCAACAUUUAUGAUGUGCAGCGUCUCCUCCAUGUGAAAGGGAAAAGGAAUGUCACAGCUACUGAGGUUAAAAUGAGCUGGGAGAGUUACAGCUUGGGCGAUGUCUUUCUUCUAGAUGUCGGCAAAGUCAUCAUUCAGUGGAAUGGGCCAGAGAGUAAUCGAAUGGAACGGUUAAAGGGCAUGCAACUCGCUAAGGACAUUCGUGAUCGAGAGCGAGGUGGACGUGCAGGGAUCGGAAUAAUCGAAGGCAAUGAGGAGACAAAAUCUCACGAGCUGAUGAAGGUUUUAGUAAAGUUUCUCGGGGAAAGGACCAAGACAAUUAACCCUUCGCUACCUGAUGAGAUGGCAGACCAGCAGCAGAAAGCCAAACUUGCCCUCUACCAUGUUUCAGAUGCUUGUGGACAAAUGAAGGUCACAGAAGUUGCCACACGGCCUCUCGUCCAGGACAUGCUGGAUCACAAUGAUUGCUUCAUCCUCGAUCAAGGUGGAACCAAGAUUUAUGUCUGGAAAGGAAAACGAGCUUCAAAGAAGGAAAAGCAAGCUGCAGUCUCUGGAGCUCUGGAGUUUAUGAAGUUGAAGGGAUACCCAAACACUACUAGCAUUGAGAUGGUCAACGAUGGGGCUGAGUCAGCCAUGUUCAAACAGCUCUUCAAGAAAUGGACAGUGAAGGGGCAGACAGUGGGUUUAGGGAAGACACAGACAGUUGGUAAAGUUGCCCAGAUUAGCCAACAGAAGUUUGAUGCCACCCAAAUGCAUGCCAUUUCAAAAGUGGCAUCUCAGGAGAGGAUGGUUGAUGAUGGUACGGGGAAAACUGAGGUUUGGAGAGUGGAGAACCUUAAACUGGUUCCUGUGGACCCAAAGACGUACGGAUUUUUCUACGGAGGUGACUGCUACCUACUCCUGUACACGUAUCUGGUGAACAGGAAGGAGCAUUUUAUCCUCUAUAUUUGGCAGGGACGCCAUGCCACCCAAGAUGAACUAGCUGCCUCAGCCUAUCAUGCGGUCCAGGUUGACCAGAAGUUUGGCAAUAAACCAGUGCAGGUUCGGGUCACUAUGGGGAAGGAGCCUCGACACUUCUUGACCAUCUUCAAAGGCAAACUAAUCAUCUUUGAAGGGGGCACCUCAAGGAAGAACGGCAAACAAGAAGAGCCACCGGUCAGACUCUUCCAGGUUCACAGCUAUGAUAAGUCCAACACCAAAGCGAUCGAGGUCUCACCCUAUGCUUCAUCCUUGAACUCAAAUGACGUUUUUCUUCUAACGACUAAAACAAUUUGCUACCUCUGGUUUGGGAAGGGAUCCAAUGGGGAUGAACGUGAAAUGGCAAAGGAGUUGGCUGUCAUUAUUUCCAAUGGAAAUAAGGCUGCCGUUGCUGAGGGCCAAGAAUCAAUGGAAUUCUGGGAAGCACUCGGCGGAAAGGUGCCUUAUGCAAAUGAUAAAAGGCUACAAGAGGAAAAUAUGGACUAUCAGCCCCGUCUCUUUGAAUGCUCCAACAAAACGGGGCGAUUCAUUGCAAGCGAGAUCACAAAUUUCACUCAGGACGACCUCAGUGAAGAUGAUGUCAUGCUCCUGGAUACGUGGGAUCAGGUUUUCCUAUGGAUCGGCAAAAAUGCAAAUGAAACUGAAAAGAGGUUGUCCUUGACAACAGUGCAGGAGUACCUGAAGACUCACCCCAGUGACCGGGACUUGGACACCCCCAUAAUCAUCAUCAAACAGGGCUUUGAACCGCCCACAUUCACCGGCUGGUUUGUGGCAUGGGACAUUAGCAAAUGGAGUGGUGGUAAAACUUAUGAUCAAAUGAAAAGGGAGCUUGGAGACAUUGCAGCAAUUGUGCAGGUCUCAUCUGAUUUAGCUGGGAUGGACUUGGACUGUGUAGCCACCCACAAGCACUAUCCACCAGAGGCACUGGUUAACAAACAAACAUAUGAAUUGCCUGAUGGUGUCAACCCAGCCAGAAAAGAGGAUGCACUGACAGACCAAGAUUUCAAACGGGUUUUUGGGCUGUCGAGAGAGGUAUUCGUUGCAAUGCCCAGCUGGAAACAGAUGCUGCCAGGCCUGCUGAGUGCUUCCAUCACUUUCUGAUUUUAUUUCCACAUGGCUCCAAUACACAGGUAUUGAAGAAGCUGCAGAGGGUUGUAAACUCAGCCAGCUCCAUCAUGGGCGCAACGCUCCCCACUACUGAGGACUUCAAGAGGCGGUGAGUCAGGAGGGUAGCAUCCAGGACAUGUCCCCUUCUUGGUACUAACAACAGUAUAGGUACAGCAGCCUGAAGCCCCACCCUCAAUGAUUUAAAAAAAUCUUAAUGAAAGCUUAUUCCCCUCUGCCAUCAGGUUUCUGAACUGUCCACGAACACUAUCUUGUUAUUGCUUUUUUUGCACUAUUUUGAAAGUUAUAACAAUUUUAUGUCUUUGCACUGUACUGCUGCUGCUAAACAACAAAUUUCACAUCAUGUAAGACAGUGAUAAUAAAACUGAUUCUGACAGAGAUUGCUGUGCAUUUUGCUUAUUUAAGUUUUGGUUGGGAACG